GGGGUGCACAGGAAGCCAGACUGGUGACCUCGGGAAGACAGGGGCAGUGGAGUGCUGGCUCGACGAUGCAGCGAGGUUUUUGUUUCUUGCUGGGUGUUUAGUGUCAUCCUUGGGAAGGGAGCAGCGUGUCCGACCCCGCCCCCUCAGUGAAAAAUUCAGGAGCCACUGGUGUGACGCCCUCCAGCUGCUGUUGGGGGACAGAGGCUUCGCAGAGCUGGGCCUCAGGGACACAGAUUCGAGGACCCCUCGCUUCAAGCUGCACAGCAGGAGUCGCGGUGCAGACGCUGGUCAACUCCGCACUGACUCAACUAAGUGGCCUCCCCAGGAGCUCCAUGGCCAUGACACAGUUGCUCCUGCUCAUUAUGACUCUCCUUGUUCUGGGUCAUUUGCCACCAGGGAAAUGUGAAUUCAAACGGUGCUGGAGGGGCCAAGGGGCUUGCCGUACUUACUGCACGAGGCAAGAAGCCUUCAUGCACCUGUGCCCAGACGCCUCCCUGUGCUGUCUCCCCUAUGGAAUCAAGCCUCAGCCACCCCCAAAGCCUGAACAUGUGUAGCUGGUUCCGGAGCUGGCACUUUGCCUGUCCAAUAAAGUACAUGCUGCCUGUUG